AUGUCCAAGCUACUCUCGGAAGACGUGUUUACCAAUCCUCUACAAAGUCCUAUCAAUACCGGGACUCCAUUAGACUUGUCGAACGAGGGAAGAAUCAGUCCAGGAUCGGGUCGAGAAGCAAAUCAAUCUUCGCCUACAGAUGACCAUAGAACGCAUCGAACGGAGGCUAUCAAUGUUGACUUGGAUGCAGACAACUCGAUUCUUGUCGAUAUCUCCGAUGCUUUAUCCGAAAGAGACAAGGUUAAAUAUACUGUGCAUACACGAACCAAAGGAAUUACCGAUAUGAAAGCUGAAACGUCAGUGGUGCGUGAACAUGAGGAAUUUAUGUGGCUUCACUCUUGUCUCGAUGAAAACGAGAAUUAUGCUGGAUUCAUUAUUCCUCCGGCGCCUCCACGUCCAGACUUUGAUGCAUCUAGGGAGAAACUUCAGAAACUUGGCGAGGGUGAAUCAACAAUGACCAAAGAAGAAUUUUCGAAGAUGAAACACGAACUGGAGCAAGAAUACCUUGCAACGUUCAAAAAGACGGUAGCAAUGCAUGAGGUCUUUUUGUGUCGAAUUGCUGCGCAUCCAGUCUUUCGUCAUGAUACAAACUUCCGGAUCUUCUUGCAAUACGAGAAUGACUUAUCUGUUCGUGGCAAGAACAAGAAAGAGGUAGUCGAAUCGUUUUGGAAACGCUUCACUCAAUCUGCCGAUGAAGUUCUAUUGUCUGGACAGAAAGAUGUAGAUGACUUCUUCGAACACGAGCGCAAUUACCUUGUCGAAUACCACAAUCACAUCAAAGAGGCUACCGUAAAAGCAGAAAGAGUGGUUCGACUUCGGAAGGGCUGUGCUGACACUUACGGAAAGUUGGGGGAUUGCCUCGAAAGAAUGGCUCGUGGUGAGGCUGACAAGUCUUUGGCCAGGUCGCUUACAAGAAGCUCUGAUGGAAUGCAAAGGCUCAAAAAAGUUGAAGCACGCGCUGGAAACGACAAAGAAUUGAAGCUGGCUGAUACACUCGCAUAUUUCCAACGUGACACGCAGGCUGCAAAGGAUUUGCUUUAUCGACGAAUGCGUUGCCUUGCCAAUUAUGAAGCUGCCAAUAAAAAUUUGGAACGAGCUCGAGGGCGAAAUCGCGAUAUUCCAAAAGCUGAAAACGAUCAACAAGAAGCUUGUAAAAAGUUUGAGGACAUUUCUGCUCUUGCAAAGACCGAGUUGAAGGACCUGAAAAAGCGUCGGGUUGGAGCAUUCAAGAAAAACUUAACGGACAUGGCUGAGUUGGAGAUCAAACAUACAAAGGCUCAAAUCCAACUGCUCCAGGAUGCGAUUCAUUCUUUGAAAGAAUUGCCGACU